UCGAUGCCUGUUUAAUUAAGAUAUUUGAAACAGUACGUUUUUUCUGAGAAAAUUAUGUUAGAACAGUGCAAUAGAUGCCAAUUCAAGAAACCAUAGGCAUAAUAAUUCGAGAAGGAACUGCAAGAAGUGAUUUAAAAAAAUGAUAAUGUAUUAUUUAAAAUGUUUUUUGCAACACUUGAAAGAAUGGUUCAUUCCACCAGAAAAUAUAUUAAGAUGUGGUCAUAGAAAAAAUUAUAUGGACAGGAAGGUUCUGCUGAAAUAUGGAAAUAAAAGACAAAACAGAUUCUAUAAUUUGUUUGUUAUAAAUAUUUUUGUGUGGUCAAUAUUUUUUUUUCAAAAACGAGGUUAAACCUUCACAUGCAUCGGAUAAGCAACUGCUGCCAAAUAGAUUUGUCCUAUCGUGCACAAGCUAUGUGCACGUAGAACAAGAUGAGAGGUUCAAUUUUCAAUGCUAGCUAAUCAUGAAUUGUGUUUUGGUUGGUGAACAUAGAGCCAUCGGUUGAAGAUGACAACAAGCGCCAAGUGCAGGGUGCUGACAUCGAGAUCACUACGGAUUGCCAACAAUCAGCCCCAGUACUGGAAAUGGAUUUCUCCUCCAGAUUCGUCUUCCAGGUUUGCCGAAUGUGCGGAGCUCCUGAGUGUGUACUUUCUCGCCGUCAUCGGAGAGAUCCCGCCGAGAGACCUCUCCGCCGGCACAAGCUAUGCAGUUUACCUUGUGUACAAGCUGGCGAGAACCACCUAUGGCCUGAGGGGCUCCGUGCAGACAUCGUCGCUCAGGCUCCACGGCGAGAGGAUUGUCCCCGGCAGCACCCGCGGGGUCAGCCUCCACCCCGAAGGGCGUGGGUCAGCCAAUGAUAUUACCUACCCCGACGCGAGGGGCGACGGCUGGCUGGAGCUCAGGUUGGCCGAGUUCGAAAACGACGACGAGAUGCUCACGGAGAGGGGGGUGAUCGUGGAUAUCCGUGAGGAGAACGACAGCGUCCAGAAGAAAGGCCUCAUCAUUGGGGGCAUGGAGUUUAGGAGCAACUAGUUUCAGCGAAAAUACUCAUUUCAUUAUUGUAUUCGAUAUGUUUGUAAUACAUGGAUGGGUGGAUAUAUGAGUAAUUUUCAGCA